AUGUCACAAAACCGAACUCAGAACAUUACUGCACAACCAGAUAAAACUGCGUCUAUGCCAAUGUCUCGUUUAGCUAAUUGCCAUUACAAAGUUGGUCUGAUCCGGUUUUUGCAACUUAGCCGAACUGCACCUAAUGCUUCUUUUGUCUCUUCCUCCUCCAGUAACCUGUCGCUUCGCCAGUAUCGUCAGAAAGUUAAGCUAUUUUUAGCAUUAGCUGCACUUAUAUCAUGUUCCUACUAA